AUGCAGAUCAAUCAAAAUCCGAACGAAGUUAACGAAUCUUUAAUCUUUACUACAGUUGUAUUUUCAAUGACCAAAAAAAACUCACAAGCAGGAAGUCGAUCCCGUUCUCGGAGUCGUUCUCCACGCUCGGUGUCAGGCACGCGCUCUAGAAGUCGCUCUUACUCUUCUUAUUCUUCAAGAAGCCGUUCACGAUCUUACUCUAGAAGUAGAUCACGUUCUUUAUCAUAUUCACGUAGUCGUUCUCGCUCACCUUAUUCACGUAGAAGGCGUUCUUUGUCCCCACUUCCUACAAAGAUUUUGGUUAAUAAAUUGACAAAAAAUGUUACGGAUGCACAUUUAAACGAAAUAUUUGGAGCGUUUGGACGAAUUCAUCGUGUAGAAAUGGCUCUUGAUGAUAAAUGCAAGGCUGAAGCAGAACGAGCGAUUAGUUAUAUGGAUGGAGGUCAACUUGAUGGUUCAGAAUUAUCUUGUACAUUUGUGCCUCGUCGUCCGAUUUCUCCAUUACCGCCCAGACGCAGAGGUGGAAGAUUCAACUCUCCUCCUCAGCGUCGUUUUGCGGCGAGUAGCUAUCGUGCUCGCGUUCUUAUAGUUCGCGGAGUAGAUCAAGAUCACCUUAUUCCAGAAGUCGUAGUAGAAGAAAGUCUUUUGAAUUUACCGUGUAUACGAAAACUGUAG